AUUUUUUAUUCAAUCGUCUCGGGUCGACAACUGUUUUUUUAGAUGGCAAAACUUGGGAUUUUCGGAUAUGUAAAUAUUAUUUACAACGAUUACUGGUGAUACUAGACAUUAUCACAAGUUACUUCUGAAGAUACAGUCGUACAGCUGUCAGCUUUGGUUGGAGACUUUCAUUUAUCAUUACGACAAGCGAAGAAGCUUUUCUCCGCUGUUUGUUGUUGCUAGUGCGCACUACCCAACGACGUUAGCUAGUAGCACAUCAUCAUUAGCUAGCUUGCCAACUAUCCAUCUACAUUUCAAAACUGUCCUUUGUUUUUGUUUUUCGUGGCGCGUUGCAUUUGCAUCAGUGAUGAUAAAAAACACGAUACAAUCUGCCGGACUUCUGGUUUUGUUGUGGUUGUUAUUUGGGGACUUUGUCUUUGUUCUGGGUUGGUUUCACAACAGAGUCAAAACGUACAACAACCAAUAUUCUUCCAAAGAAGAUGCUCCUGACAGUCAAGACCAGAGCUGUUUUUGUCACUUGACAGGCGUCUUGGAUGACUGCUUCUGUGACAUCGAGAGCAUCGAUGUCUUCAACAACUUCAAGAUCUACCCCCGCAUUCAGAAGCUGACCGAGAGAGACUACUUCAGGUACUACAGGGUCAACCUGAAUAGGCCCUGUCCCUUCUGGGCCGACGAUGGCCACUGCUCCAUCAAGGACUGCCAAGUGGAGCCCUGCCCAGAGAGCAAGAUUCCAGUGGGAAUUAAGUCUGGAAACUACAAUAGGUACUCCCAGGUGGCCAACGCCAACACAGACAUAGUAGAUUGUGAACAAGCCCAAGACCUGGGGGCCAUUAACAACACCCUGAGUAACUAUAGUAAAGAGGCCUUUGAGGACUGGGCCCGGCAUGAUGACGCACAGGACCACUUCUGUGAGCUAGAUGAUGAGACGUCACCAGAUGCAGACUAUGUGGACCUGCUCCUAAACCCAGAGCGCUACACUGGCUACAAGGGCCCCUCAGCCUGGAGAGUGUGGAACAGCAUUUAUGAGGAAAACUGCUUCAAGCCCAGAUCAGUGUACCGGCCCCUUAACCCACUGGUUCCGCCCAGAGGAGGAGAUGAUGACGGCGAAGGCUUCUACAACUGGCUGGAAGGUCUGUGUUUGGAGAAGAGGGUGUUCUACCGGCUCAUCUCUGGUCUCCACAGCAGCAUAAACAUCCACCUGUGUGCAGAGUACCUAUUGGACGAGGGCUGGGACAAGUCCCUGUGGGGCCCCAAUGUGCAGGAGUUCCGCCAGCGCUUCGACCCGGCCGAGACCAAGGGCGAGGGUACGCGGCGCCUCAAGAACCUCUACUUUCUCUACCUGAUCGAGCUGCGCGCCCUCUCCAAGGUGGCGCCCUACUUUGAUCGAGCCUUUGUCAACCUGUACACGGGUGACCGUCAAGAGGACCGAGCCACCAAAGAGUUACUGCUGCAGUUCUUCAACGAGACCAAAGCUUUCUCAAUGCACUUUGACGAGAAGUCCAUGUUUGCUGGGCAGAAGAUCGAAGCAAAAACGUUGAAGGAGGAAUUCCGGCUACAUUUUAAAAACAUCUCCCGGAUCAUGGACUGUGUGGGCUGCAGUAAAUGUCGACUGUGGGGGAAGCUACAGACCCAAGGGCUGGGCACAGCGUUGAAGAUCCUCUUCUCUGAGAAGGAGAUCAAGAAUCUACCGGAACACAGCCCCUCUAAGGGCUUCCAGCUGACACGGCAGGAGAUAGUGGCCUUGCUCAACGGUUUUGGGAGGCUCUCCACAAGCAUCCACCAGCUCCAUAGUUUCCGUGCCUUGCUGAAGGAGAAGAGGUAACACCCUCCAACAGCACUACCACCUCCUAGCCACCAGGUGGAGCCAGCCUAGAGGGAACUGCAAUAGUCUUAUUCCUCCCCAGAAUAAGACCAAGUUCAGGGACUUCAGGACAGACACUGAACCCCCAUCCCCUCCUCCCUCCUUCCUUCUUCCUCUAUGUAUAACUCUCCUUCUCUCCCUUUCUUUCUAAAUCUUGGUCUCGUCUUUCCAUAGAGCAUAGCGCUCAAUGUGAGAAAUCUGUACCUCAUUUAAUUUAGUUGUUUUUAAAUGUUUGUUUUUACUUUUGUGGGUGAAAGUGUUCACCAUUUCAGGCAUACUAGUUGUGAACUAGACCCAUCAGUGAGUGUGUGUGUGUGUUAUUGGUGUGUGUGUUAUUGGUGUGUGUGUUUUUUUUUGUUAUUGUUGUGUGUUUGUGAGAGAGUACUUGUUUGUCGUUGAUCGCCAGUUGCAGCUAAAUGAUAACGAGAACUAGGAUUCAUUCCAUACUUUUACGACCACAAACUUGAUAAGCAUACUGCGUUUCGCUAUCCUAGAGGUGUAACCUUUUUUCUGUGUGAGUGAGUGCAUGUAAUGAACAAACGUCUAUGUGAGUGACUGUCUGCUUUUUGCUUUUGUCUGUGCAUUUAACUGUUUAGCGGUGUUUUUAACAUCAUCUCCACGUGGCAAUCCAGUCUUUCUGCGCAUCACAAAUGUAUUAUAUAAAGCCUAAUUUAAAUGUGAAAAAGGAACGAUUUGCCGAUUGUGCAUCUGUUGACAACGAUACGCUUGCGUUACUUCUCUCAUACCUAUUCUAUUUGGUGGCAGAACGGUUCAUGGUGUUUUAUUCUUAUCCUAUUAUUUUAUUGUUUUUUAUGAGAGACGAGACUUGCCAGGGUGACGGCAAUCCCAAAUGUGUUUUCAUGGCAAUGAAAAAGCGAAACCAGUAUUUGUUUCAUAGUUCACUGAAAUAAGCCGUCAUCCUGUGAAACUGCCACGAGGGAGAAGAGUACUGUUAAAGUAUAAUGGAGAAUGCAGCCAAUGGUGUGAAAAGAAGCAACUCGAAACAAGCAGUGGGAUUUGUUCCCCCGUGAUGGUCAAGUUCACUGGGGUGUUUUGGUGAGCUUGCCAUGUAAAUCAAUUCAAAAUGGAUACGUGUAAUGGCAUUUAACGUCACACAUCCUUUUUAUACUGUCAUACCCUUUAGGGCUUGGACGAUACCAGUAUUGCGAUACUCGUUAGUAUCGUGGUAAGGAAACAAAACACAAAGCGGAUUUAACUUCUUUAGGAAAACAGCCCUAACGUUCCACACACUAUACAUGUUUUAUUUCUGUCUGAAGUAGCUAUUUCACCAUGUGGACCAAAGAUUUUACAUUGCCUUUUUUUCUAUCAUGUCAAAGCACAUUUGAGUUUUUCCGCCAGAUACGUUUUUAGUUUGUGCAUCCUCACCCCCUUGAGUAACAUUGGUUAGAAAAUGUCGCAAGCGAAGAUUGACUUAUGUGCAAAGAUCAAACAAUCGGUAGCCAUACAAUACCUGUGUAAUACUUUGUAACACAUGUUUUGUAAAAGAAAGAUCUCUAUCCAAUCAAACAAAGGUAGACAUGGGGUCCAGUAAGUAGGAAUUGAGUCAGUGGAAGCUGCCGGAUGCUUAUGCUAACAUAAAUAGGAACGCUAAUGUCGCCUUGAAAGUGAACGCUAUAGAGAUUGAACAAGCUGUUCCUUCUUUGCUUAAAAUGAAGGAAAUAGAUAAAAUAUUAUCUUAGAGGAAAAGCGUGUGUGCAUGUGUGUGUGUCUGACUGAGCCUCGCAUGCUUUCAAAAACACCAGAACGUCCUGUGCAAUCCACUUGUCUGCCUUAAAUUCCAAAAAAGUGUUUAAAAAAAAUCAUAAUAAAAAAAGCUUGAGCCUACUUUCUUGGAUGAAAUCCACAAUUUUGUCUCCAAUGAUUUCAAUGCUCUUCUGCUAGCUCUGCCUUUGUAACAUAUUCAGAUUACCCAGAAAGUUGUACUAUUUGUAAAAGGAAAAUUACUGAACUUUUUUCAAAUCUAUAUGAAUAUAUAUAUAUAGUUGCACCUGUAUUGAUGUGUAUUCUUAUUUGAUUAUAUUUAUUUGAAUAAAUAUUUCUGGUUGUCA